AUGUCUACUAAAACCAACAAAAGAGAAGCUCCGGCUCGGGACCGCACAGUUCAAGAUCUGUCGGUUUCGACCCAAGGUCCUCGACCAGGCUACUUCAUAGUCCGCAAGACGGGACAAGUCGUACCGCUAGUGGCGGUUGAUGAACUACCCCCAGGUGUGGAUUUAAUAGGGGUACCGAGGAAUCUGGAUUUGGUGGAGACAGGUGGAAUGUUGAAUUUGGGGUUGCAGGAAGGAGCACAACCGGGUGCUCCAGGUGGUGGGGGUUUUUACGGGUUGGUUGGAUUGGAAGGGGAUGAAGAGGGGGAUGAAUGUGACGAUGAAGAUGGAGUGGUGGGAAGUAGCGGAUCCGAUACUGCAGUUUCUAGUCCUCUUGUGCUACCCAUCCGAUCCUCCACGUUGACCACAGCUACAAAUACCAAAAAUCUAUCCGCAAAAUUGCACUCUCCACCGGGUCUGUUAACAUCAAUUCACGCCCCUUCGCGCAAUGCCACAUCGACACUAGAAACACAGCAACAAGGUCAGCAGCAAACAUGUAGACAUUGGUGUACACAUAAUAGAAGAUGCAAGUGGGCAGAAAACUGUCGGUAUAAACAUGAGAUGCCUAGAACGAGAUUUGAACUUCGGCUGAUUGGGUUGAGUGAUUGGCCGAAUUGGUUCAAGGCGGAGAAUUUGGGAUUUUUUCCUGGGUAUGGGAGGGGGGUGGAGAGAUUGAGAGAUUUGGAUGUGGGGGGUGGGAUGGAGAGGAAGGAGAGGGAGAGACGGAGUAGUAGGGUUGGGAGAGAAGUGGAGAGGGGAUCUGGCAUUGGAGUUUUGGAGGGGGAGAGGGUCCUUGAGAGAUUGAGGGAGAUGGAGAAGCUGCUUAGGGGUAAGGUUGUUGCGGGAAAGGGUAGGGACGAGAAGAGGAUGGAUGUGAAAUUUAGAGAAGAGAAGAGAGUCAGAGAAAAGGAAAAAGAGAAGCUUAAAGAGAGGGAGAGGGAAAGAGUUGAAAAACUAGAUGUCAGAAAAGCGGAAGCGAAAAAGGAGAGGGAAAGAAUGAGAAUAGAAAAAGCGAGGGAGAGGGAGGCUUCGAAUAGGAUCGAUAGGGGAGAUUUGGAUGGGACGAGAAAAUGGGAAGAUGAUAGUGAAGAGGACAGUGAUGAUGAGGGAAACAAGGGGGGAGGGAAUAAGAAGUUGGUUGAGCAAGUGGAGAAGAGUAAGGGAUCUGGUGGAGAGAAGGAGAAGUUGGUUGAUGUUUGA